CAGUGAGCAAUGAGCAUGGCUGUAAGCUGUGACUUCCUGUGUUCUGAAUUACGCGCCAGGUGUAACUUGAAUACUGGAGGCGAUAGUGCAUUCGUCCAUUGUUGUUGUAAUAAAGAGUUGGUAGUAGGCGUCGGAGAUGAUCGCGGUCUCGUUGAUUAUUUGUUGAUAGUUAGCAGUCGCACAGCGCAGAGACUCAAUCAACACACAGUUCUCCACUACUUGGCUGUUGGCUGUGUAAUGGACUCGGAUGCAGGUAUAAUCUGUGUGGAGCACUGCGGUCCGCGAGUGUUCUGCUUCCAGCUGCCCGAGAAUUGCCCGGCUUGUCGCACUCGGUUGGACCACAGCCAGGCGGCUCUGCUGCCUUUCAGAGUUCCUUAUCCAUUUGUUCGAGCUUCACAACAUCCAUGUGCAGUCGUCAUCAAACCUACAAACGGAGACUUUCUAAAUGAUUACAAGGUAUCAAUGGAUUUACACAUUGGUGUCACCAAUUCAAAGGGCCAUGUGGUGGAAUUUGAUAAGGGUGGCCUCCAUAGGGAUAGAACAGCACUGUGGAACCAAUGUCUGAUAGUCAGUCAGAUGACUGCAGAGCCAUGGAUUGAGCACUGGGACACAACUCUGGAGACCCUGUCAAAAGAAGAUUGUUGGACACCUCAGAGGUAUCAUGAAGAAACAUUCAAUUGCUACACAUUUGUGCUGUCAUUCCUGCGCUGCCUGAGGGAUGGCAGUUUGAGCGAAGCAGCUGUGAGCCGCGUCAAGUUUUGUGAAGCUUUUGUUUCCCCCAGAGCCACAGUGGCAUGCAAGUAUAUAGCCCUGUACAGAAGACUCAAAGACAGUGGUUACUAUGUGUGUCGUAAUUCCAAGUCAAACAAAAGUAUCCCCACUGUUGUUUAGUAAAUUAUUGUAUUAUAUAAACUCUUAGUUUAUAAAAAUGCUACUGUGGUUGAGACAACUGUGUGGUUAGUCACUUCAAAACUGAAAUAUUGAUAUUUGUAGACUUGAAUUUGUUAGUUUAUUAUUUGUACUUUUUGAUAGUUUUAUGGUUGUAUAUAUUGAACUGAAGAUAUAAAUUUACUGCUCAUUAUAUUAAUGAGAUGUCAUAGAAGAAUCACAAAUUAUUUCAUAUUAAAAGGUAAAAUGUUU